AUGCGGCAUCACGACGAGGAAGAGCAUGGUGGCGGAAAUAGGCACACAGGCAGGCGGAGGCCUGUUGCGUCGGAUUACUUUGACGACGUGAGAUCGAGCCAACAUCGACGCCGACACCGUUCUCGUUCUCGAGGCGCAGAGCGGGGCAGACGAGCAGGAGAAGUAGACGAGGCGCCGGACGACCGUCGCGAGCCCAAACGACGCAGGCGAGACGAUGACCACGACGAAGACAGGCCCCGACACCACAGACGGCAUCAUCACCAUCACAAGACCACUCCCUCCUCGGCGGUGGCGGCGGCAGUCCCAGCCGAGCUGCCCUUCGCGGCGAGACAGCUGUCGUACAAGCACGAUACCGAGGUCCUGCGGCCGCUGUUCGCAUACUACCUCGAUGUCCAGAAGAACCUGGACCUCGACGCACUGGACGUGCACGAGCAGAAGGGGCGAUGGAAGAGCUUCGUGAACAAGUGGAAUCGUGCGGAGCUGGCUGAAGGGUGGUACGACCCCGAGAUGUUUCAACGGAUCUCCAAGGAACUUGCUGCUUCUCCUCCGCCUGGCGAGCAGCCUGCCUCGUGGGAACGAGUGAACGACCUAGAGGAUGACUAUAGCCGUCGAGAUACCGCAGGACAAGAACAACAACAACAACAACAACAAGAACUCGAGGACGAGGGUGGCCAGGAGCAGGAUGACGAGGACGACUAUGGCCCGCCGCCGCCACCCGCCGACCGUCGUCGCCGGCACGGGCCAGGGCUCCCCUCGGUGUCGGACCUCGACCUACAGCGCGAGGCGGUCCUCGAGGCCCAACAGUCUCGGCUCUCAGACCUCCGCCUCGCGCGCAAGGCCGACCGCGUGGAGCAGAGGGAGCGUCUGGACGAGAUUCUGCCGCGGGCCGAGGCCGGGACGCGCGAGCGGCGGCUGGAGAAGAAGGCGCUGCUCAACGAGAAGAUGAAGGGAUUCCGGGACGGGGCGGCUGGCGGCGGGGAGAUGGAGGAGUUUGGGGACAGGGACCUGCUGGGCGGCGGGGACGGCAUCGAGGACUUCAAGAAGGCGGCGGCUGCGCAGCAGAGGAAGAAGACGGACAGGGAGCUCAGGAGGGAGGCGGAGGCCAGGGAGCGGAGGGAGGAGCGCGAGGAGAGGCUGCGGGAGUGGAGGGAGAGGGAGGCGGAGAAGCUCAAGAGCCUCAAGGAGCUGGCCAAGGCGAGGUUUGGGUAG